AUGGCACAGUUUCUUCUUUACCGGCACAGUAUAACAAGCCCAUGGGAAGGAGAAGCCGAACACGUUUAUGACUUUUCGUUUUCAGAUUGCAAGGACCUGUUUGAGCUGUCGGCCAUCGUUCCCAGAUACGCCAAACUGGGAGAGACAGUGGUGCUGAGAUGCAAUCACACGGUGGUCGAAAACCAACUUUACAAGGUCCAGUGGACCAAGAGCGGUGACAAAUUGUUCCAGUAUAUAAGAGGACGAGUACCGCCGUACAUCAAUCACACGAUUCCCGGAGCCAAAAUCGACUGGGGUCAGACAAAACCUUCAGAGUUGGCACUCAUGGACGUACAACAUGAUGCUUCCGGUCAGUACGCAUGCACGGUAACUUUGGAAUCUCCAAUAUACAGUAAGACAUCGGAAUACCACGACCUUACAGUCAUAAAAAUUCAAAAUAUCGAUCCUACGAUUGAAAUCUUCAAAGAAGUGUUCAGCGUGGGAGAUAUGUUGGACGCCACGUGCACAUCAGGACCUUCGAAACCUGUGCCCGAAAUCACAUGGCUAGUCAAUGGACGAAGGCCACCGGAUACGUACAUGAAACCAAUCGUUAAGGCAGCGUUGGACUCAGCAUCCGCAAUGAGGCUCACAUUUCCAGUGUCGGAUAAACUAGGGGCCGAGGUUCAACUGACGUGUCUAUCCACCAUACCUGGGUUCCUAAAUCAUAAAGCUGACUACCACGAUUACGCCGAUUACAGGUCCUCCUCGAUCAUAGGUAAUUACUGGGUGAAAAUAUAA